AUGACCAUCCCUUCACCCAUUCCCCUCCUCACGACCGCCCAAGAACUCUUACAAAGCGGACUAGCAUCCUCUGCAGAACUCCUCUUGGGUUACGUCCUCUCCGUUCUCCCCCCACCAACAACAUCGGAUGUACAUGCCCACGCACAAGAUUUGCUGGGAGAUUGUCUAGUGGAAUCGAAAGAGUUUCCUCGUGCCCUGAAAUGCUACGAGUCUGCUGUCCGGUGCUUUGAAUCCCAAGAAAAUGUGUGGAGAGUGCGGGAAAAGGUUGCCGGAUGUUUAGUUGCAUGUGGGGAUGUCAUUGGCGGGAUUGAUGAGAUGGAGCGGAUUCCAAAAGAUGUUGUGAGUAUCAAGGGGUUGAGGCUCUUGGCGGGGUGGUAUGAGACGGUUUUUCGAAUUGAGCAGGCGCGAGAUACGUACCUCCUGAUCCUCCAAAAGCAGCCUCUUGCGACGGAAGCCGUGUUGGGUGCCAUCAAGUGUGGUGCGGAACCGAGUACCAUGCAUCUCCCGCCUUGGGUUACAUCAUAUGUUGAGGGAUAUGCGCAGAUACAGGGGUAUAAAUACAAGGAUGCAAUUAAAACGUUUUUGGAACUGCAAAAUACGACACCGCUUAAUCUCCAUGUUUUGCAUGGUCUUUCGGAUGCGUAUUUUAUGAGCGGGGAUGGUGUUAAUGCCUUUUAUGUAUUUCGGCAGAUCAGAAAACGCGAUCCAGAAACGAUUCGACACAUGGACCGCUACGCAUCCCUCCUCGCCUCCCGAAACAAGACGGACGUUCUAUCAAAGUUGGCAGUCGAUCUUGUCAAGCGGUACCCGAACCACCCUGAAUCAUGGUGUGCCAUGGCAUAUUAUUGGCGAUCAGAAGGAGACGAUGAAAAGGCUUUGCAUUUUUGCGAAAAGUCCCUCGCCCAUUCUCCCACUCACCCUCAAACCCACCUCCUAAAAUCCACUCUCCUCCCGCCUCAACAUGCCCUCCCUACUCUGCACAAAACCCUCCUACUCUCUCCUACCCUCGAAACCUACACAACCCUCCUAAACAUUUACAUAUCCCAAACCCGCUACACCGAAGCCCUUACCCUCGUCUCCGACCUCGCACACCGCAUGCCAUCCCACCCCCCAGCCCUAUCCCUCGUCGCCAAAACCCUCUUUGAAGCAAACCAACCCCGUAAAUCCCUCUCUGUCUACCAACACGCCUUUGAAUUAGAUCCUACUGAUGAGGGUGUUUGUAUUGGUUAUGCUCAAGUAUGUGAGGCGCUUGGACAGGUCUCUAAAGCGGAGAGUGUUCUCAAGGGGUGUGCGAGUGUUGGGUGUCGGGUUCUGCUGGCUGGAGUUUUGGGACGGGCUGGAAGGGUUCAUGAGGGAUUGGAGGUUGUGAAUGGAGUUUUGGUGAUGGACCCAACGCAUCCGGAAGCCCUCUCGACACUUGACACGCUCCAUCGCCUCGUAUCACGCCCAGAAGAGGAUGAACCACCUGAAGAAGACGACGAAGACGAGGAUGAACGGGAGCGAGUUGAAGAAUUGUCGAAUGGACUCGAGUUUUAG